CAGUUCAGUUUUAAACUAAAAGCGAAACACAACAGAAUUGUAAAGAAACAAAAAAAAUAUAUAUUGUAAAGUGAAAAAUAAUAAACAUAUUUUUGAAUAUAAAAUUAAUUAAUAAAAUAAAGUUAUAAAGUGUAUAAAAUUAAAAUAUUAAAUAAAUUAAAAUGCAUAGCACAUUAUUAGAUGAGAUUAAUGAAAAUGGUUACAUUAUCAUCGAGGAUUUCUUAACAAACGAAGAGGUCGAUGAACUCUUCAAAUCUGGCCGUGCACUAUGCAUGGAAGCUCCCCAAGCCAAUCGUAAGAUUUUCAAUACCACCGAAAAUCAAGAUGUUCAAAGUAAAGAUGAAUACUUUAUGGAGUCGGGUGACAAAGUAAGAUACUUCUUUGAAGAUGGUGCUGUUGGCGACAAAGGUGAACUAUUGGUAGAUCCAACAGUGGCCUUAAAUAAAGUGGGUCAUGCUUUGCAUGUUGAACAUCCCGUCUUCAAUAAGAUCAGCUUUAGUAAUCGUGUUAAGGAGAUUUGCUGGCAGUUGAACUUCAAUCGUCCGGCCAUUUGUCAAAGCAUGUAUAUUUAUAAAAAUCCCAGUAUUGGUGGUGAAGUUAUACCCCAUCAGGAUUCCUGGUUUUUAUAUACGGAACCAAAUUCGGCUAUAGGUUUUUGGAUUGCCUUAGAGGAUUGCACUCUACAAAAUGGUUGUUUGCAAUUCAUUAAAGGUUCCCACAAAAGUGGUGUUCACCGCAGAUAUAUUCGUAAUCCCGAUAAAAACUCCAAGGAAUUAAUGAUUUUCGAUAGUGCUGCACCAUUUUAUCCACAAUCUAGUUUCACUCCCAUACAAUGUAGUAAAGGCACUUGUAUUAUCAUUCAUGGCAAUGUUGUCCAUAAGAGCGAACCUAAUCGUUCGAAUAAAAGCCGUCAUGCUUAUACUUUCCAUGUUAUAGAGACUGAAAAUAAUGUUAAAUAUUCGGAAGACAAUUGGUUGCAGGCACCUAAAGACAAACCCUUUCCCGUUUUAUUUGAAAGAAAGAACUGAUUUCAUUAAUAGAAUAUAUUAUGUAUGCUUUUUUCGUGUGUGUAUAAUAAAACCUUUAUUUUUUUUGUAACUCUAUGAUAGUUAGUCUUAUAUUGUUUAAGAAUCAAAUGUAUUAAUGCAAUAAAUGUAUUUUAAAUAAAUAUUAAUGUUUAAA